AUGGCAGGUGCUGCGGAUGUCAUUCUUGCCAUCAUUGGUGUUGGUGGAGUCGGCAAACCAUUCCUGAAGCAGUUGACCAAGAUUACGGCUCGUCUGGCCAAAUCUCCUUCGAAUCCCGUCUUCGUCAAGGUCGUCUACUUGGCCCGAUCACAAACUGCUCUGUACGACCGUGACUCCUACAAGCAAGUCGACCUCCAAUACUGGGAACAAGAACUCGCCGCCCGCGGCACCUCUCCCUUGAGUCCCUCCGAAGUUGCCGAAUUUCUCACGAAAUACCCACAAUCCGGCCACCGGAUCGUCGUCGACAACACCAGCGACCCGACUGUUGCGGCGGAAUAUCCCACUUUCAUCCGCCAGGGCAUCAGCGUCGUCACCCCGAACAAGAAGGCCUUCUCCGGCCCCCUGGCCCUAUGGGAAUCCAUCAUUUCCGUUGCGCAGAACGGCCGGAACGAAUCCGGCAAGGGCGGCUACAUCUACCACGAAAGUUCCGUGGGCGCCGGACUCCCCAUCAUCAACACCCUGACGGAUCUGCUGGUGACGGGCGAUGAGGUGCGGAAGAUCGAAGGGGUCUUCAGCGGGACCAUGAGUUUCCUAUUCAACCAAUUCAUGCCGGUCCCGGGCGCAGGGAAGGGGAUGGAUUUCGCCGCGGCCGUGAAGAUCGCGCAGCAGUCGGGGUUCACGGAGCCGGAUCCGCGGGACGACUUGAACGGCAUGGAUGUCGCGAGAAAACUAGUCAUCUUGGCGAGAAUAAGCGGUAUGAAACUGGAGUUGGAAGGGAUUCCGAUUCAGAGCCUGAUCCCGAACGAGCUGGAGAGCUGUGCUAGCGGAGCCGAGUUUUUGGAGAAGCUCCAUGAGUUCGAUUCGAGGAUGGAUGAGCUGAAGGCAUCUGCUGAGAAAGACGGAAAGGUCCUUCGAUAUGUUGGGUCUAUUGAUGUUAUUUCAGGAGAGUCCAAGGUUGGACUACAGAGAUUUGAUCCAUCCCAUCCAAUUGGCGGUCUGAAAGGCAGCGACAACAUCAUCAACUUCUAUACGAAGAGAUAUGGAAGCAAGCCUCUGACAAUUCAGGGCGCAGGGGCUGGUGGCGACAUCACGGCAAUGGGAGUGUCGGCCGACCUUCUUCGUGUCAUUAGGUUAACGUGCACUCGGUGA